AUGGCAUUCGGCCAGCUGCAUGGGGCAGAGAAACUCCAAAAAGUGACCCAACUGCUCGAUACCCUCCAGAAGGACCUGCAAGACAAGCAUCUCACAUCGGCGCAACGUGUCCAGAUCUUGCUCGAAGUGCGCCAACACGGUACGAACCCAGUCGACGCCGGUCCGAUUUAUUGCAGCAAUGGAAUCAACACGCUCAUGCGCUAUGGAGUCGACGGCGAGACGGUCGAUGUUCGCCGAGCGGCCCUGCGUGGCGUUGCCAAUGCCCUUUUGCUCGACCCAACAAUGCGUCAGGUUUUGGUGGACACUGGCUACGCAGGAAAGCUAGCCGAACGUCUCAAGACCGACAGCUCCGACGACGAGAUGAUCACUAGCCGCAUUCUUUUCUUAAUGACCUAUGAUACGACAUUGGAUUUUGAGAUUUUGAUCAACAAGCACUCCUUGGGAGAUAACGUCAACUAUCAACUCGCCCGGCACGCGAAACAAUUUCCCAAGUCUGGACGCGCAUCUCUCUCGCAGAUAGAUGAAUUGGGUCUCAUCGAUACUCUCAAAGUGAUCUUUAACGUUUCCAAGAUCUACCCUGACCUCGCUGCUUCCUUUUCACCUUCUAUCCCCCACAUUCUGAAGAUCAUCAGUCGGAUAGAGAUUCCAGCAAAGCCCCUGGAUGGUCUCCUAAGCUACCUCAUCAACUGCCUGUCUGUCCUCGACCUCGAAGAGAAGAAGGGCAAAACGUUCGAUAGCAGUCCUCUGUUCCCGACAUUCGACAAGAACUGCAACGUGGAUAAACUAAUCAACAUCUUGGAUCAAGCUGUCUCACUGUACAGUCCCGAGGAGCUGGAGGAAAAGGCUGUCCCACUUCUGCACUCUCUUAUUGUCGUCCAUGAGGUAGCACCGGACGGGCCUCGCAAGUAUAUGCAAUGGCUGCUCCUACCAGAAGACAAUGACCGCACCCAACCAAUCGGAAAAUCCGACACACUCUCUUCACGACUUCUCCAUUUAUCGACCAGCCCCUACCCCAACUUGAAGACUGGCAUCUCCGAGCUAAUGUUCGUCCUUUCUGGAAAAGAUGCAGAGAAUCUAACUCGCCGAAUCGGUUAUGGCUUUGCCGCUGGCUUCUUGGCAGCUCGCGGCAUGGAGAUUCCCCAAACUGCUGGCGAGGCGUAUGCGACAAACACGGACGGGGAGGACUCGCACGUCAACCCAAUCACCGGACAGCGCUGGAACGCAGAGCCCGCAGAUACGGGUCCUCCUAUGACUAUGGAAGAGAAGGAACGAGAGGCAGAAAGGCUAUUUGUGCUCUUUGAAAGGGCAAGAGCAAAUGGUCUUCUGGGCGUUGAGAACCCGGUCAGAACGGCUGUUGAGGAAGGAAGAUUUGAGGAACUUUCAGAUGAUGCAGACAGUGAUUAA